GACACGUCAUUGUGCGCGCCUCUAUAAACCUCCUUCAUCUAUUCAUCCCCGGCUUGACCCAAAACAGUGAAAUACCACCGAGUCCCCAUUUGCUCCCAAUCCCGCCAAGGACAGAUCCGUAAUUUCCGCCAUGAACCCUCCCGCCGUACCCAGCCAACCCUCCUCCCCUCUCUUCCCGCUCUCGCCCAGUCCCCACCGCAAGGUCGCGAUCGCCGUCGAUUUAAGCGACGAGAGCGCCUACGCCGUCCGGUGGGCGGCCGAGCAGUACCUCCGACCCGGCGACGCCGUCGUCCUCCUCCACGUGCGCCCCACCAGCGUCCUCUACGGCGCCGACUGGGGCUGGGUCCCCGUCGACUACAGCCUCCCCGUCGCCGGCGACAAGAAAUCGGAGGACGACUUCGACGCGUUGACCACGGCCAAGGCGACGGAGCUGGCUCGGCCGCUCGUGGAGGCCGGAAUCGAGUUCAAAAUCCACAUAGUGAAGGAUCGCGACAUGAAGGAGAGGCUGUGCUUGGAGGUGGAGAGGCUCGGGCUCAGCGCCGUCAUUAUGGGCAGCCGAGGGUUCGGCGCCGCCUCCAAGAGGAGCCUCAAGAUGGUGAGGCUCGGAAGCGUGUCGGAUUACUGUGUGCAACACUGUGUGUGUCCGGUCGUGGUGGUGAGGUGUCCUGAUGACGUGGAGCGGAGGUUUGGCGGCAGUGGUGGUGGUAGUGAAGCGGCGGAGGACGACGUUCUGCUUCCGGUGCCGGAGGAGGACCAGGAGGACAAUGAGGACGGUGAGCCUCGAGAAAUAAACUGAGGCAGCCAGGAUAGAUAUUGUACAAGUUGAAGCUUUGCAAAGGAAAUUUUAAGAUUGUGUAUAGUUGUUUCCCGUUGGUGGGAUUAUGCCUUGUAAAUUUGGAUGAUGGAAUUUAUAAGUGUAGGAUUUUAUAUCACCCUGAAGUUUCAUCUUUUGUAACAAGAAUUUUCAGUGUUAUGGAAGCAAGCAUUGCUCCUUUCUGUGA